CUGCAGACUCGGGGCGACGCUGCCAAAGAACCAUUAGCUAUGACGUUUUCAGUUUCAGAUAUCCAAAGCACCAACAGACUAGCCGGUCAAGAGUUGAUCAAAGCAAUCCCUCGUGGAAUCCAUACCGUGGGCCUGGCCGAGUUGGACCCCUUUCUUGACACACACAUGCGCUCUCGCAAAUUAUCUCGACGUCAUGCGAAGACAUGAGCGAUCUGUACAAUCUCCUUAUCAGAAUGUCUCUCACCAGUGAAGCGCCGCCUGCGGUGGCUACACGCCACGCCAUUGCCGCGCUAUCCUAUCAACAUCUCGAAAGACGACAAGAAGCUUUAGCUCACCACGGCAAGGCACUCAGGGCUCUGCAGGUUUCGAUAGACAGCCUAAGCCAGCUCGUGCCGCGAACUGAUCCCGUGCAGGCAUUCCAGGCGAUGGCAGCAAGCAUGCUACUAAACAUCUACGAGUCACUGAAUUUCGAUGCCUCCUCACUGAGCUGGGCCAUCUUCUUCUGCGGCGUUAAAAAGAUUGCCAAUCUCGUGCAUCGUCCGCACACCACGUAUGAGGGCGACCCUGCGCUGAUUUUAGACUGGGUCUUUUACCACGACACCUUCUACAAGUUCAGCAUUCGUCAUUGGCCAAAAAAACAAGAUCAGCAGGUGCAACUGGCCGCCGAGGAAAAGAUUAUCUCCAAGGCGGUGUUCUCGCCCAUGAGACAAACUAUUUUGAAAUCAUCCGGCUGUUCGCUGGAGAUGCUCGACAUUAUCUGCCAUGUCAUUGAUGCCGUGCGAGACCGUGACGGCCCGAACCAUCUCAGCGCUGAGCACUUGGGCAUCAUCAGAACUCUCCAACUUCGCUUGGACCGAGUCAAACAGGUUCUUCGCAUUUCUAGCACUGAUGCAAGGAGUCUGACUUCGGGAGAAGAUAACGAGGAAGAAAUCGGGGCAGAGAUUCAAAAACCCCCGGCCCACCCCUGGGAACAACGCGCCGAUCUAUAUCGCCUGGCUGCAUACAUCUACCUAGAGCGCAUGGCACUCUGCCGCCCACGUGGCGAUCCUAAAGUGGCCUCGCUCAUUGAUCAAGCAAUGAGUUUGUUGAGUACUCUUGGCAUCUGCGAGCGCCCUUGGCCAGUCUUUGUCAUUGCUCUCGAGGCACGCACGGAUGAAGAGCGCCGCGGUAUCGUCGAUCUUUUGGGGACAGCAUCCGACUUGAAGCCGCUUGGCAGUAUCCCUCUGUUAAAGCGCAUGAUCCAUGCUGCAUGGGUGCAACAAGAUCUUGGCCUGGGUGGGGAUGGUGGCCUCGAUGCAUUGCCCGUGUACAAUGCUGUCAUCAGCGGGAACCGUGUUCCGCCUGCAUUUACCUGAACGGAACAAACCGUGGCAUACCUAGGCACCUACCUAUUAGGUGUGCCGAAACGUAAGCAGGCUAGUGCGUUGGUGGUUAAAAAAUUUAGAAUUUUGGCCAGGCUACUUUCUGAUCUUUAAAUCGAAAGACACAUUCAAAUCAAAAACCAUGUUUCUUACAAACAGAGCUGUCUAGUUGUCUCUUAUUCACGCCUAGCCUGGGGCACCUUAACUGAGGC